GGCACCACUAGCCCACCACAUCAAUCGCACCUAACCUAAGAUGUUUUUGGCGGUAGCCGCUAGUUAUUUAGAUAAAUAAUUAUAUUCCUCUGUGUUAUGGAUAUUUUUGGGUCGAUUUAUUGCAGGUACCAUAUUAAUUUUUGGGAUAUUUUUAGGGUUAGGUACUUAAAUCAUAUGUUGACUAAGCUUAAAGCGAAGUGAAGCAAAUUUGUUUAAAUUCCUCCAAUAUGGGAUUUGGGCAAACAUUAAGAAGGUGUUAAAUGCCUGACCGUGGUCCAAAUAUAUACAUCGAAGCAGCACAUAACUUAGCAACAAUGGACUCAAGUCAAACAUUUAACGGGUUCUAUAUGUACAGGCUGUCCGUAAUUUUAUUGAAUUUUUGUUUUUUUUUUUAUUGGAUAAGUACAGAAACAGAAUGAUUCCAAUGUGGGCUAGAACUAAUUCAUUGGAAUUUUAUGCUAAGGUCAUGCCUCCUGAGCAAUAGGGAAGAGAAGGAAGGUGAAGGUCCAGGGAGUUUAUGUACAAUAGUCCCAUUUGUCCCAAUUCAAACCAAACCAUAAUCAGUUUUCUCUUUUGGUAUUUUGUGGUGAUCUGUUUUAGAACAUUUGCUUUCAGUAACACUGUCAACAUGAAUUUAUGUGGAUUACCUAGCUUGCAAUCUGUUAAGGGUUGUGUGACGUUGGUGAACAAAAAUAUUUUAUUUUAUGAAAUUGAGCAACGGUACAGAGUGUAUCCUCAAAUAAUUGGCAGCCAACCUGUCAAAUUACCGGCUAAAGGAUCGACCCUUAUAAUUGACAAUACUGAAGGACUUAUUUUUCGCGAUGAUACUAUUAUAACGUGUUCAGAAACUUCCAUAGAACCAUCUGCUGCUUUUUCGGUUAUUGUAGAUGAGAAUGAUAUUUAUUUGAAGGCUCUCAGAUCCAAGAGUCUUGGUGCCAAAGAUUUUAUUGUGCUUGAUAAGGUUUACCGCAUAAUGAAAUCUAGGUUCCAAAUUGAUGACCUCAUCGCCGCCAAAGGGCUGAUAAGUGUUUUGAAGUCUAGUAUUGAAUUACCAGCUAGCGAAGCGUCUGCUACUCAGAUGUUAGUUCCUAAUGUUCUUAAAACACCAGUUGAUUUAAAUUACAUUAAUGAAAGUUCAAACUUAUAUAAAGGUUUUAUGGAUCAAUAUUUAUUUUGCCCAUAUCAUAGUUUGGUGAAUGGCUCUGUGGUAGAAGUACUGAUGGGUGUAUUAUCCGUGAGCGAAGAACAUGGAAUGGUGGUGUUGAAAGAUGGGCAAGUCAAUAUACCAGUUGCUUUUCAUGAUGACAUGUUUUUGCCAAAAUUCUACAAUCAAUUAGUACAUAUCAAGAAGUGGACUGUUUUCUCAGAGAUUUUUAUGACUGAAGAGCCACGAAAUAUGCAAUACCUGUUACUGCAUUUCAACAAUGUAACGCCCCUGGCAAAACUUGAUGGCGAUUGCGUCGACAAUUUGUACCUAUCGCCUGAGAGUCCAAUAAGUGGUGCAAAAACUCAUAGGACUGUAAUACAAAUAUGUAAAAAAAGCUUGCCUGUUAUAAAAACUGGAGACCAUUUACAGGUCUUUCUGGAAAUAGUAGUUUUGAAUUCUUCCAUUAGUGAAACCAGACAGCACUGGGCAUUUUUGAUUUUAGAAGGCAACUAUCUAAAGGUAGCCCCAUUUCUAUCUGAACAUUUUUUGUAUAAGAUUUAUCACGAUACACCGCUACGGAAAAUAAAAACGUAUUCAAUGCCAGAGCUUUAUGGUAUGAGGACUGGUAGGCAUAGCUACUCUGUACCCGAUGGUACUAUCUUUCAAGAAUAUUGCGAGGAACCACAAUAUCUGGCUACCCCCAUUUUAAAAACAUUAAUCGAGGUACAAGAAUUUGUUGCAACACAGAAUAAUAGCGUGUGUUCAUUUAUAGGCACAAUCUCUCGAAAAAUUCUUAAAGAAAACAAAUAUGUAGGUCGCUAUAGUACAAAAAGACAUAACCUUAAGUGGUUCGGUUGCCCCGUCAAUGGGUACCAGGUGACAUUGACAUUUAAAGGCGUCGACAAUUUGUAUAUUGACCUAUAUUUUUCUGACUUCAAUAAUUUUCUUUAUGGCAUAUGUCUCGUUGACUCGGUAAAAGUUAAAGUUAAAAACGUCAAAGUUCAAUCUGGUAAAUAUCUAAAAUCGACUCCGUUUACCCAUGUAGAAGUUUUAGAAUAUGAACCCCCAGUAAAAUUUCAAAGUCCUAAUCUGCAUUUUACAGACCUUAGAACAUGGGACUGGUGGGAUAAGAAUCGGUUAACUCCCCUUGGAUCCCACGAAGAGUUGCCAAUGGGGGCCUUGGUUAUGGGACAAGUGCAUAUUGAUGCAAUAUUUGAAAUAACUGCAACCCGCGUGUGCGCGUCAUGUAAACAAUUGCUUUUAGCGAUCAUAUGUGAAUAUUGUGAAGGUGAAAAGGUGGAAGUUGACAUUAUUUUGUGUGUACAAGCACAAGACAACAAUUCAAGGUUUAAGAUCCAGGUUAAGGAUAUAAAGUUCCUACAUCACCUCUUAAAGUCUUGUGAUCCAAAAACUCUUACCGACUUGGAAACUGCGCUACUGCAACGCGGUUUCCAUUUUGAUAUAAAAAAAACUACUGAACAAUCGUUAGCAGUAUUGACAGACUUUGACCGUGAACUAAAUGUAUAUAUCCGCACACAAUUUAAUUUUAAAUUAUAUCCAGAGGUGAACGUUUUGUGUAAAAAAAUAGGGUAUAAUAAUUAUAGAAUUUUCCAUUGUCUUAAAUUUCACCUUUAGAAUCCUUUUUUUUGUUUUAUUAGUGUUUACAUUUUUUUAUGAAACUUUUUUUUAUCAUUUUCAUAGAAUAGAAAUACUGUUUCCUUAGUGUUAAGGCUUCUCUUUUCUCAGUUGAUAUUUAUUUGUUUGGUUUUCUACCUUUAUUAACACAUUUUAUCAAAGCUGACAUUGU